CUUGUGCUAAGUGCUAAGGCACUGGUCAACCAUUCCACAUCCCCCCACUUCGUCUCGAUACCGCACCUCCUGAGUUCGUUUUGCUUCCCAUGGCGGCUCUUGCCCAAGCUCCUAGCCCAGCAGAAUCCAUCGAUCCACCGACCAGAGACCAUCGCCAAAGUGUGACAGCCGCUGACGGGACUGGAAGAGGAAUGGUGUAUAACUUGGCUUAUUUGGAGCUCCCUAAAUGCGCGUCUUGGAGCCUUCCUGGUGGGUUGUGUGUGCUGCAUGAGCUGGAAGAGUUGGGCUCUUUCUCGUCUGACAAGACUUCCGAGAUUUCUAAGCCUGGCCGUAGUGAUGAAGAGUUUAUUAUGGUGGGCUCAACGUUUCGCAUGGAUGCACACAAUUUGGUCAAAACGGGUUGUGGCUCAGCUAAAUCUGACCUCAGUGUUGGGUUGAUUCUCUACACCUUGGUCACACGCGAUCACAAAAUUAUAAAUAAUGCACCCCUUGGUAAGCCUCACAGUUCUGAAUGCUCAAGGAGACUUGAAGUAUACACUAAUGAUGUAAGCGUAACCGAUAGACAAAAAGGAGAAAAACAUGACGGGAAUACAUUGAAGAGUACUGACGCUCGACUUGCCUUGAAGCGGAAGUCAUGCAAGAAUGACCUUGUGUCCAAAGGAAAUCAUGCACAUCCUGAUAAUGGUUUUGUUACUGAUUCAUCGGGUGAAACUAGUCUCAGCUUGAAUGCUGCAACUGAAACUCCAAUGCAUUAUCGGCCAGAGGGAGGACUCGUCCACAGCGGAGCACCUAGCCACCCUGCAGCUGCACAGGAAUCAGGCACAACACCACUGACCAAGACGCCCGGGGCCGCCUGGCUGGUUGCAUCUUCUGCCGCGAAUCACAUGACCGGCGACCUGAGCCAGCUGACGGAUUGCAUGCCCGCACCGGCCGAUCUCGUCGUCCAGGUUCCGAGCAUGGGACCAAGGCAAGUCCAAGACAUUGGGUCACUGAACACUCGGACAAUGUGUCUCCAGAAUGUGUACUACGUCCCUGGGCUCGACAAGAACCUGGUCUCCAGCAGCCAGCUCGCCAAACUUGGCUACACCAUCACCCUCGGUCCUUCGGAGUGCCGCGUCACCAAGAAUGAUCAGGGCCACACCCUUGUGGGGAAAGCUCAUUUCACCGAUGAUUACCUGUUCGAGCUGGACUUCCUCAGGGUUCCUCCCUCCACCAACUGAUGGUGCCCUGCCUGCCAUCUAUCGACUGUGUGGUCGUCACUGCCUACAUCAUAGAGGUUGGAGAGUAAUGAUGAAUAUAUGCAUACAUGCCGCAGUCUUGUUGUAAUAAUUACAUAUAAUGUGGAUGAUUAUGUCGUGAGAUUGGAGUGUUUUUAGAUAGUUACUGUGAUUUUCAGUACUCUACAUUCAUUAUACCCAGAACAUGCCAAUCUAACUACUCCUAUGUUGAAUCCAUGAAUGGCAUGUUUUGUUACAUGUUCAGUCUGUACUGCAAGAGGCUGUGUGUACUGGUCA